AUGGCGGAUGACGACGACGAUGAGGCGUUCGGAGGGUUCGCGUCCGCCGACACCUCGCAACCAGAUUUUCAAUUCAAGAGAGGCGCCACCACUAACAACGACGACGACGACGAAUGGGGUGAUUUCGUGAAAUCCCCGCAGCACUCACAGCCGGCCGACCUCUCUUUCACCGGAAAUCCCGUUUCCUCACCGCCGGCGUGGGUGAAGCCGAGUGGCGCUUUGCCGCUCUCGAUUUUCGGAGAUGCUGAUGAAGAGGAGGAGGAGAAUGAUAAAUACAGUCAUGGUGUCUCCCUGGAUUUCAGUCCAGCUUUAGCUCCAAAAGACACGUCAAAGCCUCGGGAUCUUGGUAUUAUCGAUAUCUAUAAUGGGUAUCCGGAGAUCAAGCCUGAUAGUGGAUCGGAUCCCAAUUCAUCUGGUGGUGCUGAUCCCAUCGAAAAUGGAUCCUAUUCGAGCUCAAUUGGGAAUGCGGGUGGCUCAGCUGUUUCUGAGCUGAAUAAUGCGGGUUUUGAUGCGCUAGCGGACAGUAGUGGCUACAACGAGUUCAGUUUGAAGCCUAACGUGCCAUCGGAUGCAAAUUCGAAUAGCGACUUGUUCUGGAUGCAGGGCUUUACUGGAUUUGGCUCUGGUUCGAAAUCUGCUAUUCCAAGUGUGCAGGAAUCUGGUUCGAUUUUAGAUGCUAAUGGUCAAGGGCAGCUGUUGGGCAGUACUGCUAAUGCUGUUAAUGAUGAUGGUGAUGAUGGAUGGGAAUUUAAGGAUGCUUUUUCAAAUUUUGGAACUGAAGAAGUGCAUAAUAAAGUUGAACCAGUGGCGCAUGAAGUUUCUGAAAGAAGUUCAUACUCAUCUGGGCACGGAAGAAGCUCAAAGAAACCAAUUGAUUUGUUUGGGAUUUCAAAUGGAUCAUUGAAUCUUUUCGCGACCUCAGCUGAAUCUUCUGGUGUUGUUGCUACAUCCAGUGGUAUUUCUAGCACGUUUCAGGAAGUAGGUUUUGUUGGAAUUCAGCCAAAUGAGCUUACUUCAGUGGCAAACUCGUUUUUCAAUGAAAAUGACAAUAAAGCCACAUUAAAUCAUAUUACAGAUGAUGGAAGUGAAGAGUUGGAUGAAGAUUUUGGUGAUUUUGCUGCUGCUCCUGCAGAAAAUGGACCAAAACCAGGAGUUGACCCAGAGGCGCAUGAAGUUUCUGAAAGAAGUUCAUACUCAUCUGGGCUCGGAAGAAGCUCAAAUAAACCGCUUGAUUUGUUUGGGACUUCAAAUGGAUCACUGAAUCUUUUUGCGACCUCAACUGAAUCUUCUGGUGUUGUUGCUACGUCCAGUGGUAUUUCUAGCACGUUUCAGGAUGUAGGCUUUGUUGGAAUUCAGCCAAAUGAGCUUACUUCAGUGAUGAACUUGUUUUUUGAUGAAAAUAACAAUAAAGCCACAUUAGAUCACAUUAAGGAUGAUGGAAGUGAAGAGUUCGAUGAAGAUUUUGGUGAUUUUACUUCUGCUCCUGCGGAAAAUGGACUGAAACCUGGAAAAAUCUCUACCAAUGGUGUUCUUUAUCCUAAUGGUGUAGUAUCAGCACCAAAUAGCAAAGUACAGGAGAAGGAUACAAAAGUGAAUUAUCUCACACAAGCCCUCCCUUUAACUUUUGGAAAUGAACAACCAGAAGCCGACCUGUUUAAGCGCCAGUCUACUUCUGAUCAAAGAAACAGUCAAACUCCUACUGCAACUAUUUCUGUCAACGAUUUGAUAUCAAGUUUGUACAGCCAACCAGAGCACACUUCUUCCAUGAACGCUUUCCAAGAACCAGCAAAAACUCAGUUGAGCAUGUCUAAUGCAUUUUCCAGUUCCGCAGUGGUAAAUCAUGAUGAAUAUCUUGAUGAUAGUUCCUGGAGUUAUAAGGACGCUUCGGAGAAAAGGGUUGACAUUGGUGGCGAAGAUACAUCUUCAAAGCUGAAGCUGAAUAGUUACUUAGAUUUCUAUCUUAAAUUAAAGGAAGAGUUAUAUGUUGUCGCCAAAUCCCAUUUUGGAAGAGUAAAGGUAUGUCUCAUGGGAAAGGCAGUUUCUCAACUCACUUCAAAAAAUACCUCUUGUUCUGAUAUACUCAAAUUUCUGCAGUUGGUCUGGAAAGAACUUGAUCAAAUGAACAUCCAUGAAGAAACUAAUCAGCAGGAUCACCAUCCUGGAGAUAGUAUCGAGGGAUUUGUUCAAGUAUUGUUAGAACCACGGUUUCAAAUAAUUGAGUCAGAAUAUCACUUAUCAGAAAAGUUGUUGCUAGUACAAAAGGAUCUGAGAUCUGCCGUGGAACUUAUACGACACACAACCACCAUGAUUAAGAUUUUGAGUAUCGGAAACGUAGAGGAACAGUUGGCAUAUAUAUCAUUAUGGUCCAAGAUGAUUUCUGCAUGUCUUCAAGAACUAAAUCAUGGUGCAUUGAUCUGGAGUCAAGCUAAGGAGGAACAUGUUCAAAGACAGUUACUAACUGAACCUGAAGGUAGGGAAUUCUUUUGGGCCAUUGGGGAAAUCUACAGGGUGAUUGUUCUUCUUGGAGCUUCAGCCAAACUUUUCAAGCCAUGGACACUAUCGGGUUCUACAGACUCGCAGGGUAUCUAUAUUCUUUUGGAGGAAUCCUAUGCUCUAUGGGCAACUUCAGGACUUGAAGAAGUCAUAUCAACUAUGUCUGCACCAAGGCUGGAUGAUACUUCAUUGCUCGAGUCCAUCAAGCAAAUCCGUAAUCUUGAUGAAUUUGAACUCCAGAACUACGUUUUUGCAGAAAACGAAUCUAGAUGUUGGCUGUCAAACCUAACAGAAAAGGUGGCACCAGGCAUGAAGAUGGUAAAAUGGGAAAACUAUCAAUGCUUUGUCACACUCGCAAAUCUGUGGGCAAAUUUGAUCAGCCAAAAUCCUCCAAAGUUGCCGCGGAAAUGUUUUCUCUGA